UAGUUCGGAAGUUGAAAUCAGAUGUGGCUAUCAUACGUGGCGACCACAGUGGCUGCAGUCUUUCAACACUCCGAAUUUCCUUGUCUUUUUUAUGGGGCUGUAUUCCCUGGUUCUAGGUUUUGUUGUCAAUGGAAUCCAUAAUGUCAACAUUUCAACCAUUGAGAGGAGAUACGACCUUGACAGCACAAGUAUGGGCUUUGUCUCCGGUUCCUAUGAUGUCUCCGCUGCAGUUCUGGCUGUUGUGAUUGGCUAUUACGGCUCGGGGAACCGAAAACCUCGCCUCCUGUCAUUCGGUAUUUUUACUUCAGCCCUUGGUUCCUGUUUUAUGGCCAUGCCUCAUUUCAUAUCGGGAACCUAUGCACUGGGCACUGCACCGGAGAAAACCUGUGUCUCAAUUCACGAAGCAAACAACACUUGUGCAAAGGACACAGAUGGAACAGUGAAUAUGUACCUCUACAUGCUGUUAUUUUCCCAGCUGUUGCAUGGCCUUGGAGGAACCACCUUGUUCACAGUUGGUGUUUCCCUUGUUGAUGACAGUGUGUGUUCAAAGAAAACCCCAUUGUAUUUGGGUAUAAUAUAUGGGUGCAACAUUCUGGGCGCUGGUUUGGGUUAUAUUGUUGGUGGCAAGCUUCUGAAUUUCUACAUAGACUAUUCCGCUAAAGACACUGUACACUUGAUACCAAGUGAUCCUCGUUGGCUCGGAGCUUGGUGGCUCGGCCCGUCUGUUGCAGCCUUUUUACAGAUCAUCACCGUCAUACCUAUUUCGUUAUUCGGCGCUGAACUGCCAGGUGCCAAGGAAAUAAGGAAAACUAGAGUCUCACAAGCACAUGCCCCAACCUCACAGAUCAAGUAUCAACAUAUGCACAUCGUUCGAAUGACUAUUAUUGUUUUGCGGAACCCUUGUUUUGUUUUCAUUACACUGGCAAUGACGAUGGAGGGGAUGUUCCUUUCAGGCACUGCUGCAUUUUUGCCAAAGUUUAUCCAGAAUCAGUAUGGGACCACUGCUUCCAGUGCUGCCAUUCUUUCAGGUAUUGCAGUGGUGCCUGCUGCUGGAGGGGGCCUGGUACUGGGAGGGUACAUUGCCAAACGCUUCAAUCUGACGGUGCGGCAGAUCAUCAAGUAUCUCAUUUGUACUUGCACGCUAGCCACCCUUGGCUGCUCCAUCCUUUGGAUCCGGUGUGAUGCUGAUGAUAUCUUUGGAGUCACUGUACCUUACUCAGGACUGAUAGCACCAUGCAACAGCAUAUGCCAGUGUGACACAGACUCAUUUGAGCCAGUUUGUAACCGGGACACCAAACUGUAUUUCUCCCCAUGCCAUGCUGGAUGUGCUGUGCAGAAAGGCACUGAGUUCAUGAAUUGUUCAUGUGUGGAUGAACUGGCAGCUGCUACUGACAGUCCGGAUAUGAACAGAAUACUCACUACGGAAGGAUGCCGGUUGCCAUGUCACCUCCUGUAUGUCUUUGUCUUCCUUCUCUUCUGUGCGAUGGCUGUGACUUUUAUGGCUAUAGCACCAGGAGAUUCUAUACAGCUGAGAUGUGUUCUAGAAGAGCAUAAAGUAUUAGCUCAAGGAGUGAAAACUCUUAUUGUUCGCAUGCUGGGCUCUUUUAUGGGGCCGAUUCUAAUGGGAAAACUGUUGGACUUGCGAUGUGAGAUUUGGCGGGAGAAAUGUGGGCAGCAGCUGUCCUGCUGGCUGUACAACCAAGAUGGCCUGGUCAUCAGCAUCUACUUCUACAUCCUGACGCUGAAGUUGCUGGCACUCUUCUUCUGUAUCCUGGCACUGAAGUUUUAUCAGCCGCCGCCAAGUUUAACAAAAACAAUUCUUGUGAAGGACCCAAAUUCAAAGUCUCCCGUGGACCAGCUUUCAGAAACAGACCAUUUUGUUAUGAAGCCAAACUAUGCUAAGUCUGAC